AUGAUGGCUGCCAACGAGCUCAAACCGGUACCCCCAGCGCUCUUCAAAGAGACAUUCUCCCAUAUACCGACCUCGUCGGACGAUUUUUCGGACGACGUCGAUGAGUUUGAUGACUCGCGACUACCACCGGUUGACGGAGGAUAUCAAGCAUGGCUGUUUCUGGCGGCUUGUUUCAUGGUGGAAGGUAUAGUAUGGGGAUUCGCACAAUCGUUCGGGGUCUUUGAGAACUAUUAUCGAACUCAUGAGCCUUUUUCGGACUCGACAGAGAUUGCGUCCAUCGGGACCUGCGCAAUGGGCCUGGCUUACCUGCCCACACCUAUCGUUAUCGCCGUCAUGUUUGCAUUCCCCCGAGCUCGACGCUGGUUUUCGACCGCGGGAUUCGUCAUCAUGUGUCUCGCGCUGGGCCUGAGUUCGUUCUCGACAAGCGUCACCCACUUGAUCAUGUCGCAAGGAGUGGCAUACGGCAUUGGAGGAUGUCUAGCCUACACGCCGUCCAUCCUCUUCCUAUCCGACUGGUUCGUGGAGAAGAAAGGCCUCGCCUUUGGCAUCGUCUGGGUAUCUCCCCCCUCUCUAUCACAGUACUUCCAUCCAACUGACCUCCCAAAGAGCGGCUCCGGCCUCACAGGCAUCCUCUUCCCACUGAUCCUCCAAACCCUCCUCAACCGCUACGGCUGGCAAACGACCCUUCGCGCCUGCUCCAUCGCGCUCUUCCUCCUCGCCGCCCCCUUCAUGACAUUCCACAAGCCGCGCAUCCCCAUCCGCCACUCGCACCUCCGCCAGCUCAGCCUCCGCUUCCUCUGGGACAAAGUCUACCUGAUCUACCAGCUCGGCAACACAAUGCAAGCCAUCGGCUUCUGGAUCCCGUCUAUUUUUUUGACCUCGUAUGCCCGCACCCUCGGCGCAAGCGACUUCCUCGCCUCCCUCACCGUCACCCUCUUCAACCUCAUGACCGUCUUCGGCUGCAUCUUCACCGGCUACCUCGCUGACCGGCACCACGUCACGAAAUGCAUCUUGCUUUCGUCGGCGGGGGCUGUCGCUUCCGUUUUCUUGCUGUGGGGGUUGGCGAACCACAUCGCGACGCUGUACAUCUUCUGUAUCGUCUAUGGGUUCUUUGCGGGCGGGUACUCGUCUUCCUGGUCGGCGCUGUCGCACGAGGUGCAGAAGAGCGAGCGCUCGGCGCAUGUGAGUAUGGUGUUUGCGUUUCUGGAGACAGGGCGCGGGGUCGGGAAUGUGGUUAGUGGGCCGUUGAGCGAGGCGCUGCUGAAAGUCGGUGGGUGGAAGGCGGAGGCGUUUGGGGCGUAUGGGUCUGAGUAUGGGGUGUUGGUGGUGUUGACGGGAGUGACGGCGUUUCUGGGGGGUUUUGCAUCCAUGGCGAGGAUGUUUCGGUGGAUUUAA